AUUAUAAAUAAUGAAUAAAUAUGAAGUUUUAGGAGUAGUAGGAGAAGGCGCAUAUGGAGUAGUUUUGAAGUGUAAAAAUAAAGAGACAAAUGAAAUUGGUAGAAUUAGUAAUUAAAUAAAUAAGUGGCAAUAAAGAAAUUUAAGGAAACAGAAGAUAAUGAGAUAGUUAAAAAGAGUAUAUAGAGAGAAGUAAAGGUGUUGAGAUUAUUGAGACAUCAAAAUAUAGUAGAAUUAAAAGAAGCAUUUAAGAGGUUGAGAUAUAGAGUUAUAAUUAUAAAUAGGAAGGGCAGAAUAUAUUUAGUAUUUGAAUAUGUGGAGAGAAAUCUUUUAGAAGUAUUGGAAGCAUCUCCUUCUGGUUUAGAAGUAUAUAAAAUAAGAUAAAUGUUAGCCUUUAUAUAUAAAGAAGACAAUCUUUUAACUUUUAAAAGCAAUAUAUUGUUGUCAUUAGCAUGAUAUAGUACAUAGAGAUAUAAAACCAGAGAAUUUACUGAUAAGUAAUGCGAAUGUAUUAAAAUUAUGUGAUUUUGGAUUUGCAAGAGUAAAAUAAAAAGAAAUAUUAAGUCAUUAACAGCUUAAACUUAAGAUCUUACUGAUUAUGUAGCAACUAGAUGGUAUAGAGCUCCUGAAUUAUUAUUAAGUUAUUCAAAUUAUGAUAAAGGAGUUGAUAUGUGGUAAUAAUUAAAUAAUAUAAAAGGGCAAUUGGAUGUCUAUUAUGUGAAUUAACAGAUGGAAAUCCAUUAUUUCCAGGAGAAAAUGAAAUGGAUUAAUUGUAUUUAAUAUAAAAAAUGCUUGGACCUUUGACAGCUAGUUAAUAAGAAACAUUUUCUAAAAAUCCUCGAUUUUUAGGAAUGAAAUUUCCAGAAAUCUCUAAACCAGAAACUUUAGAAUAAAGGUAAUAAUAUAAUAAAAAUAAAUUAAUUAGAUAUUUAUGCAAAUUACCAAAGAGAGCAAUUAAUUUUGUUAAAGGUUUGUUAAAAAUGGAACCAUCAGAACGAUUAACUUGUAGAUAAGCUUUGAAACAUUAAUAUUUUGAAGAUUUACCAGAAGCUAUUGAAUUUAUGAAAGAAUUAGAUUUAUAAAAUGAAUAAGAAAAAAGAUAAGUAAGUGCUGGAGUUAAUAGAACAGCAUAAUCACCAACCAGUUAAUAAAAUGUUAUAAGAACUAAAGUAUUAGAUUAUAUAUUAAUAGACAUCAUUUAAAGUUCCUAAUUAUUUAGGAUAACAAUUAAAUAUGUAAAACACAGCAUAUGCAUAUAAUAUUUAAUAAUAAGAUUAAACUUAAUAGUAAUAAUAAUCAAUGAAAAAAACGGUAUGAUUUUAAUUUAAUUUUUAGCAGUCUAUUGAUAAAUUGGUUCCAUAAUAUAAAGAUGCAAAAGUAGGUUUUGUUUCAGAUACAAAUAAAAUAAAAAUUUCAGGUUCUUAAUUUAGUCAAUAAUAAUUUACAAUAGGAAAACAACCUUAAUCGAUUAAGAUUUAGAAUUUAAAUAUCAUAUACAAUUCAAACACUUUUAAUUAAUCAUAAAAAAAGGGAGGUGCUUAAACUAAAAAAUGA